AUGAACGCAUCAAUACACCAGCAAGUUUCAAAGAAUGAACAGGUUACUGAAUCUUCCUCUGGUGCUGAUGGUAAUGCUACGGAUACGUCCGUUCAUAAGACAGAAGAUACUGAUUUGUUGAACCGGUCAGCUUUUCGAAGGGAUAGUGGCUCUCGGUCAACUACAAAAAAGGUUAAAAUUGUUGACCCGAAGCAAAAUGUGGAGGCUGACUCAGAUGAUGAAGAUUUAUUAUCACAACCAAGUAUUACUGGGGUCCCUGUCAUCGGGGAAUCAAUCGGUGCUGUUAAUUGCGGUCAGUCAAAUGACCAACAAGCUUCUGCAACUUCCGCUGACCGCAAGAAAACAAAGGAAGAACGGAAAAAGGAACGGGAAAAGAAAAAAGAGGAGGAAAUGCUGAAAAAGUAUCAAGCGGAACAAGAAGCCAAACAAAAAGUAUCGGCGAAAUCGAAAUGUAGUCGCUGGAUAAAACACAAUCUCAAGAUUGGUGAGGGUGGGUAUAAAUUCGUUUACCGUGGAUAUGAUAGCGUUGAAGCUAGAAAUGUUGCAUGGUGCGAAUUUAAAGAGUGGAUUGAUAUGGAAGAUCCGAACAAUCAAAUUGAAGAAAAAGGAGUCGUAAUUAUCCAAGAACUGAUGGGCGAAGGGACUUUAAAAAGCGUAAUCAGAAAGAACUUCCUAGAUGGCCAGUGCAUCCUUAAAUUUCCUCUUAUUACACGCUGGUGGCAUCAAAUUCUCGAUGCCUUACGUUAUAUGCACCAUAAAAUCCAACCUCCUAUUCUCCACAGAGAUUUAAAAGCUGACAACUGCUUUUUGUACGGUGCAUCAGACGAAGAAUAUUUAAAUGUUAAGGUUGGAGAUUUUGGUUUGGCAACUCAUGUGAGUAACAGUGGAAGGAAAACUAUGCUGGGCACAUUGGGUUUUAUGGCGCCAGAGAUUUUUGAUGAAAAAUAUGACGAAAAAGUCGACAUUUAUGCUUUUGGCAUGUUAAUGUUAGAAGUGAUGACAAAUCGUACACCUUAUGAUGAGUGUGAAACAGUUUUACAAGUAGCAGCUAAAACAAUGUCUGGACAGGGUCCGGACAUAAUGCAAAUGGUAUCAAAUCCAUCUCUUCGUGAAGUAAUCAGUGCAUGUAUUCAACCUUUGACAUGUUUUCGUCCUACUGCUGAUGAGUUGUAUUUCCACCCAUUAUUUCAACCAAAAACAUUACCUGUGGAAGUGGAACCGAAUUAUGACAAUGCUACUGAUCGUGCAGAGGUCCUGGAUCGUUUUGUUCGUUCUCUUGGUAAUCCAGAAACACGUAACCCAAAUUUCAACUUGCGAUUAAGAUUUCGUGAUAAAAAGAUGUUACAAGAGUUGGGAUUAGAUGAUGGGGAAUCUUUAGAAUUCGAUCUUGAUAUUUAUAAAGCUGAAGAUCAAGAUAUUCCAGAUCUGAUUCAUAAUUUGAGACUUGGAUAUGAAGAUAAACUGUGGCGUGUGUUUGAAAAUCCAAAGCAACCUGAUAAAAAGGUUGUUUCUAGUCAUUUAGACAAACUUUUCAGUAGUAUAAGAUUACAAAUGCAAUUUCUGGUCAAAGUUUUGUUAGGUAAACGUUGGAAAGCCAUUCUAGAUUCACUUGUUCAAGAUCAACCUGUACGUAAAAAACAAGAGGGUGCUUCCACUAUUGAUGAAGAUGAUGAAAGUGAUACAGAUGCAUAUGAUACAAGUAGCUUCACUAUCAUUGGGAAGUAUAAGAGUAAAUGGAACAGAGCUAAGAAGUUAUUAGAGAAAGAAAUACAAGCUUAUAGAAAUUCUACUAUUACUGUUUCUUCUGCUAGUUCUUCAAAUGUUAUAUGCAGUGCAGUUAAUACAAUUGCACCUACAUUAACUUCUUCAGUUACUUCUACCACUCCAAUGCUUGCUGUAGUUGUGUCUCAAUCAAAUAUGGAUACGAUGCACAAUCCUGUCAGCGCAAGUGGUGUUGGAACUCCUGGACAGGUAUCUAUAGUCCUUCCUAGCAAAACCAUAUCAGAACCAGUUGAUAGCUAUUACUCAAAUCCUUAUAGUUCACAUCAAGUUUCUUCCACAGGUCCUGGUUUAACAUCUAUAGGUAAAUUUACUGUUACGGUUCCACCAAGUGCUACAGCUGCUCCAGCUACUCCUAAUGUUCUUCCAUCUUUGUCUGUCAAUGGACCAGGACCAACUCCAAGUCCAACACCCAUACCUCCUCAACAAAGUGUUGUAAUUCAGAAGUCUUCGGAAGUUCCUAUAUCUUCAUGUUCAAAUAGUUCAACUACACUGUAUGCAGCACCUGUUUCUUUGCAAACCGAUGUAAACUUAUGUGCUCGUCGCCCGAUUUCUGACCAAAAGAGUACAAUUAUUACGCCAAACAUAUCUUUACAAGUGUCUACUGCUCCACUAGCUGGUGGCUCAUCUUCACAACAACCAUUGAAUCAAAAGCCUCCGCUACCAUUUCAAUCACACCAAUCUAUUCCAUCUAUAAGCACUUCUCAAACUCAAUCGUCCGGUUUUGUUCCACCUCAAUCACCACUGUUAAAAUCCGAUAUGGAUUCUACUCAUUUAAAUAAUUUGGAUACUAUAGCUCGUUCUGCAAUGAUACUACAACAAGUACUUCAAGGGAUCACAUCAAAUUCUAUAGCCAAUCCACCUGUUUCCACAACUGAGUCUUUCUUGAAUUCCCAAGCCGAAGGAGCAAAUCAAAAUCAUCCAGUCAGUUCAGUUUUUGCACCUCCUAUUUUAAGUGAUAAUCAAUCAGUGAUACAACAAUCACAACAUCCUACUUCUAUAAAGAAUCAAUUCCAAUCUCACGUUGGGACAUUGAACGUGAACAAUGUUGGUACAAGUUUGCAAACAGUAACGCCCGGUUUAGGAGGUAUUCAACAUAGUAACUCUGCUCUUCAAAAUGAGAAUUUUGUUCUGUCAGAAUCUGAUCCUCCUCAAAAGACUGAUCAAUCUUCUCUACUGUUUAAUUCAGAGCAUGCCUCAUUGAUUAACCAACUUACUGAAGUUAUUAACAAUGCUACUGCUCAAAGAUUAUUAUUAAGUGGGAAUAAUUAUAUAUCUUCUAUGAAUGCUUUGUACAACGAUGCUCAACAGUCUCAACAACCAAUCUUAAAUAAUCAAGUAGCACUGUCGAACUAUCUAUCGAGACAAAGUUCAACACAACAACAGCAAAAUCAGUUGGAAAAUGUAACGUCUGUAGUUAAACCAACUGAGCGUAAAACAAGAAAAAAAUCGAAAUCGAAACCACGGUAUAUUUUACGCGUUACUAAAAUUGAACGAGAUUCUGAAAACUGUGAACCUGGUAACUUGAGACCAACAUUCUACUUAGAAAUGCCAGAUAUCAAUAAUCCAAAUAAUGAAUUAUGGAAGAUAACUUUUCGUUGUAAUUUAUCCGAUACACUGGAAGACAUAAAGUUGUUUCAAGGAUCUGACUAUACUCCUGUUAACAAGGAUAUUGAUCGUGCCGCUAAAGAAGGAGUUAUGAAAUUACUGGAAGCUCUACGUAAUGAUGUCCAUUCUGUAAAGUUGAACCAAGAUUAUAUUUUCUAUCCUCAACCAUCUAAUGUGGGAUUUGAUCAAAUAAAUCGUCUACCCACUAACUUGUCGAAUGCACCAUUCUUUCAAUCUAGUGUACCUACCAACUGUAAUUCCACUAAUCAAUUUAGUAACAGUGGGUUUCAGAAUCCGGGUACUUGUUUACCUUGUUUAUCAACAAUACCAUAUGACAAUUCAACGUUGAUUUCUAAUUUCGAAGAAAUUCAACCAUUAGAUUCUAAAGAUCUGGAUGAUGAAGAAGAAUUCAGUGAAAAUUCUAGACCAUUGUCUCCGGUCGAUAAUAUAAACCAACCAAUCAAUUAUCUUUUUCAUCCUGUAGCCAGUAACCCUGAACCAAUCAGCAAUCCUAUAAAUAAUAUAAUCCCUCAAUGUAUGAUGUAUUACGCUGCUUCAUCUUCUGCUGUUGGGUUACCUACUUCCGACUCAAUUAUUAGCAAUAUCAGGAUAAAGAGUGGUCUUGGCCAAAUUCCUGGGAAUGUCCCUGCACCUGAUAUUUCAAACAGUAAUUUCGUCACACAAUCAUUGUUGCCAAUGAACUUAAACUAUAUAAAUGAUAUUUUAUCUCUACCUGUCGGUCGUUUAGAAAAUGGAAGCGUCAACCUUUUUAAUUGCCAAGCUGGUUUAGAAGAAGUACCCCCUCUCGUUCCACGCCUUUCUGAGCAAUCAGGUGCUGCGCUUGCUGAAAUUUCAAGAUCAACAUCUUGCAAUGAGUCUACAACUCGUGAUCCAGUUAUCAUUUCUCAAUCAGACAAUCUAGCUUACCAGUCAUAUAGUACUCAUCCUUUACGUAAUAUACAAAUUUAA